AACAGGUUCUCAGUUCACACACUCAGUGCAGCCUACUAUAAAAUGGCUCGUCUUCGAAAUCGAAGAUGUGAAGCAUCCAAUCAUCUUGCUCUCCGAUCCUCAGCUCGAAGCUGCAGCGACGCAAAUCCAUUCGCUGGGCAGCGGCGAAAUAGCAAUGGCGCCUGCUGCUGUCGAGGCAUCUGGCCAGCAGCCACCCGUCCGCGUCGUGAGCCGCCGCCUCGUGAAGGCCUCCGACCCGUCCAUCCAGCCGCACACCGCCGCCGUCUCCAACAUCGACCUCUACAACGGCGGCACGGGGCAGUUCCGCAUCGCCUGCCUCUACCCCGACGAGCUCCCCAAGGCCGGGCGCAGCUUCGCCGACGUCGUCGCCGCCUUCGAGUCCGGCCUGCCGUCCCUGCUCAACAACUAUUACCCUCUCUGCGGCCGCAUCGCCGCCGACCCGUCCUCCGGCCUCCCCGAGCUCCACUGCCACAACCAGGGCGCCGACCUCGUGGUCGCGGAGGUCGACGCCGCCAUGGGCAGCCUGGACUUCGGCGAGGCGGAGACGCUCAAGAAGCUCGCGCUGCCGUUCCCCGAUGACGUCGGGCUCUCGGUGCAGCUGCUCUCCUUCGCCUGCGGCCGCUUCGCCGUCAUGUGGGGGAUCAACCACCUCCUCGGCGACGGGUCCGCCAUCACCCAGCUCAUCCGCAAGUGGUCCGAGCUCUCGCGGUCGGGGACGAUCGCCGAGGCGGGGGCGCCCAGCCACGACCGCUCGGUGUUCCGCCCCCGCGACCGGCCGUCCUACGGCGCCCGGGUCGCCGAGCUGUUCGCGACGUUCGACGAGAGCCGGAUGGUGAACGUCCUCACGGCGCACGACAGCUUCGUCGAGCGCCUCUACUACGUGGAGGCCGGCGACCUCGACCGGCUGCGCGAGGCGGCGACGGCGAGCGGCAAGGGCGGCAGGCGCCCGUCCCGCGUGCAGGCGCUGUCGGCGUACCUGUGGAAGGCGCUCGCCGGCGUGGUGGCCGCGUCGCGGGUGCCCGAGGAGCGCUGCCGCCUGGCGUGGUGGGUGGACGCCCGGCAGCGGCUGGCGGCGCCGGAGCUCGCGGCCGUGAUGCCCAACUACUUCGGCAACGCCACGACGUACACCGCCGCGGACGCGACCGUGGAGGAGGUGCGGCGGAAGCCGCUGGCGGACGUCGCGGCCAUGGUGCGGGAGGCCAUCACGGCGAUCGACUACGACGAGUACGUGCAGGAGAUCAGCGACUGGGUGGAGGAGCACAAGGAGGAGAUCUUCGUGGAGUCGCCGCUGCUCGGGCUCGGCGCCCCGACGCUGAGCCAGACGGUGUUCGCGUCGUUCCCGCUCGACACGGACAUCGGCUUCGGCCAGGCGGCGCUCGCCAUGCCCGUCUUCCGCUACACGAGGCUGAGCUCCGGAUUCAUGGCCAUCAGCGCGCGCCCUGCGGGAGGCGACGGGUCCUGGUUCGUCAGCGCCUGCGUGUGGCCGCGCCUUGCGGCGGCGCUCGAGUCCGACGAGCAGCACAUCUUCAAGCCUCUCACGGCAGACUUUCUUGGCCUGGUCUAGACUGUUCCAGAGCUCGUCGGCGGCUGAGUGCCUCUUGGACCUUUCAGCUCUCUUUACCUCUUGUCGUUGUUUCAGUGUUCUCUCUCCUACGAGUAUUUUCCUUUUGUUUUCCUACCGUAAAAUGCCAUUUAUAUAUAUCUGUUGGAAUAUUGAAUUGCCCA